AUGAGUAGUUUAUGUUUACAACGUUUACAAGAAGAAAGAAAGAAAUGGAGAAAAGAUCAUCCUUUUGGAUUCUUUGCCAAACCAACUAAAAAGACAGAUGGGACCAUGAAUCUACAAAAAUGGGAAGCUGGUAUACCAGGUAAAGAAGGUACACUUUGGGCAGAAGGUGUCUACCCCAUCACAAUAGAAUACCCCAACGAAUAUCCAUCUAAACCACCAAAGGUGAAAUUACCAGCUGGAUUCUACCAUCCAAAUGUUUAUCCAAGUGGUACCAUCUGUUUGAGUAUCUUAAAUGAAGAACAAGAUUGGAGACCUGCGAUCACUUUGAAACAAAUUUGUUUGGGGAUACAAGAUCUUUUGGAUUCUCCGAAUCCAAAUUCUCCUGCCCAAGAGCCUGCUUGGAGAAGUUUCUCAAAGAAUAAAGUGGAAUAUGAGAAAAAAGUAGCUCUUCAGGCUAAACAAUAUGCUAAAUAA